AUGAAGGCCAUCGUGAGUGCAGCACUUUUCGCUUCUUCGACCUUGGCAUUUCCUUUCGUCUCGGAGAUCCCAGGCACAGAUUCCUCCCUCCUCGCCUCUCAUCGCAGACGGCAACAAGCAGGGACUGGCCCGGGCAGCGAGGCGACAUGUCCCAACAAUCCGAACCAUAAACCUGCUGUCGCAUACAACUUUGCCAAGUACCCGUAUAACGGAGCGCAGAAUGGUCAGAAGGGUCGAGAGACGGGAGGAUAUCGUGUCCCGGCCGUCGGAGAUACUGAUCAUCAGUAUAUCGCUCCCAAGUCGACGGAUAUUCGGGGACCGUGUCCGGGGUUGAAUACUGCUGCCAAUCAUGGGUUCCUUGCUAGAGAUGGAGUUGUCACGUACAAUGAGCUCGUCGAUGCUCAACAGAAUGUUUACAAUGUCGGUUACGAUCUGGCCAAUUUGCUUGCAACGCUCGGGGUGGUUAUGGAUGGCGACAUCGUUACUUCGAAACUUUCCAUUGGUUGCGAUGCCACGGGGCGCACGUCUUUCAAUCGUGCGUUGACGGGUAGCGAACCAGGACUGGAUGGUCAUAACAAGUUCGAAGGGGAUACCUCGCUCACCAGAAAUGACUACUUCCUGGGCAAGGGAGACAACUUCAAGUUCAAUGCGACACUCUUCGCCAUGAUGACCAGGACGACCGGAGGCAACUACAAUCUUCAAGGCCUGGCGACCUACCGCAAGCAGAGAUACGAUCAGUCCAAGCGCGACAACCCGAACUUCUUCUUCGGUCCGCUUAGCUUGCUCUUGUACGGAGCUGCUUCAUUCUUGUACGAGCUCUUUCCAUCCGGGACUCGAGGCUAUGCUCCAGACCUCCCAACCAUCACCUCGUUCUUCGUCCGCGAGAGGAUUCCAGAUAAUUGGACAAACCGUAAAGAUCCAUACGACAACAACAAAGUCACCGCGGAAAUCGUAAAGAUGUACUUGCUCCACCCAGUCCUGUUCGGCGGCAACACGGCUGCCGGUUCAUUCAAUGCUCUUCCUUCGAACUUCGGCGCCAUCAAGAACGGCCAGAUCCCAUCUACGAUCUCUCCGGCUGAGACUUCGUGCUUGCUUUAUCAGCUCGCGACGGGUUCGGUGCCGUCUUCCCUGAAUGGUGUCAUUACGCCUUCCGUCGAUGCGCUGGCCUUCGUGGCAAAGAAACUGAAUCCGACUUUUGGGAACCUGGGAUGUCCGAUCGCUUUGACUUAG